AUGGAUUUUUCACAAUUGAAACAGAAGGUAUGUUUACAAUUUAUUUUCAAAAUAAUUAUUUAUGAAGAAUUAUUUGAGAAAACGUAUCAAUUUUUAGGAGAAAUAUUAAAGUUUUAUUAUAUUAUAUGGGAGAGAAUUCAGGUUAAUUAUGAUGAAAAAAAUGUAAAUCAAUUAAUUUUAUCCAAGUUCGAUAAUGAUUAUUUGUCAAAAAGUGAUAUUUCAGGAGAGUAUAUAACAUUUUGUAAGAAACUUUUAAAAAAUUUGUUACUACUUAAAGGAUAUAAAUAUGAUGAUAUUAAAAAAGAUUGUAGUAAAUUAUACGUCUGGUUAUAUUUUGAAAUGAAGAAAUUUAUGAUUUCUGAUUAUAUUAUCAAGGAGAUAUUUGAAUUCCCUACUUCGAUUGAACAUGAAAGUGUUCAGUAUAAAUAUUGUCCUUAUUUUUCAUUUAAUGAUAAAAUUAAUAAUCCAGAAAAAUUAAUGAAAUUACUUAUAUUUAAUGGUAGCGCUCUAAAUUUUCAAAGUAUGUUGAAGGAAAAUAAUGUCUUACAUGAUUGUAAUUUAAAAAACUAUAUCUAUGAAUGUGUUGAUAUAUAUAAAGAAAUGAAUAUAACUUACAGCUCUGAAAAAUGCAACAGUAGUUCAUAUGAAAUCAUUUGUGAAAUAAUAAAUGAUUUUAAUAAAUUAUAUUCGGAAUAUAUUCUUAAUAAAAAUGAAAUAACUCAUAAUUUUCCUGAUUUGACUCCUAAUACUAUUACAAAUGUUAUAGUAGGUUGCCCAUUAGAAGGAAACUAUUCUGAUUCAUUUUUCGAUGAAAGACAAUUAGUUACUCCUAUAACAAAGGGUGUAUCCACAGCUCUUGGGUGCAAUGGCUGGAAUAUCAUCACUAUUAGCGUUAUUGUAUAA